AUGUCCCGGAUUUCGUCUCUUGGUCUGCACACUCCUGCAGCUCUCCCGUACUGUAUAACCGAGUCAUUACUACCUGAUCCCCCACCUCCAAACUCCUACACAUUCACCACAGGUUUACCACACGAAGAGCUUCUAGUCACUGGAUCUGCUGUAAUAUGGUCCCAAGGCGGCGUGAUUCGUCGUGUGUUUCGCUAUGACGUUGAAAAGGAGCCAGUACAGCAAGCUGUGCUCACUUGGUUCUCCUCCGAUGACCCCCAGGAUGCAAUUCACCAUGCACAUGGGAGCUCAUCUCCAGAUGAGGAUGGCGAGGGAAAAUAUAUCAACGGCCCCGAGGGAAACAAGAGGAAAAAUCAGGACAUGCCCGGUGGAGGUAGCUCGAAGAAAAGGGUCAGCACCUGGAAUUCAAAAAGCAGGACAUAUGCUGCACAAUUAGGAAGCUUCCCUAAAGCUCACGGUACCGUCGGAGGGGGUGGGGGAAUGGUUUCUACAACAGGCGAUAUCGACGACGAAGAUUUUAUACCAGGGAAGGUCAGGGCAUUGGUCGUUUUUCUAAAGAGUCAGGCAUUUGUCUACUUUCUGUCAGGAACAAGUCAUGUUAUCCACUUGCCGUUCGAAGUCGAGCGUGCAAUGCCAGCUCCUCAUGGGUUGAUCUUACAACGAAAAUCACAGAUUCUUUCAGUGGCUUCACCAGGUCCAUUUUCUCCUGGAAAUAGCUUCAAUUCUCGCCCAACCGUCAAUGCAAUCAAAGACUCCCCUACCCUCUUCUCUCUAACAGAUCCUCUUUUGGAGGUCGGUUUAAUUGUAACAUCCUCCAAUACACCUUCAACCGAAGAUCUGAUAUUUAUAUCACCAACAUCUGAGCUUGACGCUUCUGCCACCGAGGACACCAGCUCUAGACUUAAUAACUCGGUUAACCCAGAAGUAAUCUUUGCCGUUACUCGAAACUGGGAAAGGACACAUAUCACUGUUUGGAAUGUUCGUUACAUUCCCCAAGAGCCGCCAACAAAUGCACAGCGCCGUACACCAAGUGCCUCUGGUACAGCAUCUCGAAGGCGUUCCUCUUUUGGGCCUGGGACAGGUGGCACAACCCCUGUUUCUGGUGGUGGUCCUGGCUCCAUUGCGUCUACAUCAACAAUUGUUGGUAAUCGGGAGUCACUUGGGCCAUCAGACCUGGCCUCUCUUCCCGACCUCAAUGACGAUUUUGACGCGGGCGGAAGAAGAGGUAGUCGACGUGUAUCUUCUCUUGUCGCAAGAGCAGACUUAUCUGCAAAUCAUGAUAGGCCUAGUCGAUUCUCUGAUGUUUCGGGGUCCAUUAACGCUUCUUUCGGUUCCCAAAUUCCCACGGCGCCAUAUAAUUCGAUGAAUCUUGAUAGUGAACAGCCAGUCGAUGAACUUUUGAAUGAACUUAAUAUGGGCGCUCUAGGGAUCGGAAUGGGGGGUCUUGGAAUAUACGAUGGGGAGGGGUUACGAAACGAAGUGCUUAUGAGUAAAAUUGAGAGCUACCCGUUUAGAUCAUCUCUCGGUGAAGUGAGUGGCAAAGCUGGCCAGUUACCAAAAGUAUUUACCCUACACGCACCAAGCUCUUCAACUGCUGCGGCAGCAGUGGGCAAGGAGAGUGGCGGGAAGAAAGUCGUUCUGUGCGUUAUGAAUGUCGAGGAAAGUGAGCUACUUUUGGUUACUUUCUUAUUGCAGAUUCACCCUUCAAUUCCUCGAGGAUACAGCCGUAGGUCUAGCACUAGAUACGGAUCUGUGACAAUGGGAUAUACCCCUGUAUUUGCAAACAUGGAGAGGAAGAAGGGAGUUCUUGAUGCAAUCAAGAUGGAAGACCACGGUGCCUCUCGAAUUCUUAUACUCACUGAUGAUGGGGAGUUACAAUUAUUUUCUCCCUGGGGCCCUAUUAUUCGGGUUGCCUUGCCGCCAACGUUAUCAAGAUGGAACACGAAUGUUGUGGGCGAGGAUGGAAGCAGAAGGGGCAGUCGGAAAAAAGGGUUUGCAAGAAACUUGUCGACUAGCCCAGAUAAAUAUGAAGAACUGCGUCACUCUGAGAUAGGUGGUAGGGUUACAGUCGUAGAUGGGGAUGGUGUAGGACAUCGAAUUAGCAUCACGAUGGCGCCCAGAGAGACCGCAAUAAAAACAUGCUUGGAGACGUCUAGGGUAAUCCUUGGGGCUUCCGCAGGCUCACCUGUGGGAGAGGGGAUGUGGGCUUCGUGGAUUGAAGUUGGAAAGUGGCUUGGUAUUAACACUAGCCCCGAACCUAUUGUAUCUUCUCGUGGCCAGUCCAGUCAACAAAAAGUCCCUGAAGUGGAUGAAUGGAAAGCCUUUGUAACCACCCUCUUUUUACUUGCAAUACCUUCAUUGCCGGAACCUAAACCGGCCGGAAGAAGAAAAAGUGCUGGGUUCGUGAGAAGUGCAAGUCUCGUAGCUUCAAAGGAGUGGGAAGAUUUGGUGGUGAGUGAAGGAGAAUGGGGGAGCGGUCCGGAGUAUUUGAAGUCACCAGCUUGGUCAUGGAUGGUCGAGGAAGAGGACAAUCGCAUUCUUGCGCAGAUGGAGAGUACUGCUCAUAAUACGCCAAAAUCCAGAUCACAUUCUACGCCCGAGACGAAGAAAAUGAAUGCUUUUAUCACCGAGUGUAUCUCCCUAGCUAGAGAUUUCACAAAGACUCCCAUGGGCCAAGCAGUGAAAGACGAAUAUUACGGUGGAGAUGGAGGUUUGGAGCCCCUCAGAAAAACUGGGUUAGCAAUGUUACUGGUUGCUUUGCACUUGGUAAGGGAGGAAUGGAAACUGGACGUAACUAUGGAGGGUGCAGGGCGCAGGCUGUGCCCUGUUUUAAGACAACUUGCAACUUGGCUGGGUUGGUCUGAGUGGAUCGAAGAAUAUAUGCUCGAGGACGUGGAAAUGUCAUCAUGGAAGUUUGAUGAGACGAAAAUAUCGAGCAUUGAGGUUCCUCCACAGCCGUUUAAAGCCCCUUCGAUAUACGACUGGCUCAUAGGAUGCCUAGAAGGUACAAACAAUGGACCGUUUAUGAUGCUGCAAGAUAUUGUUACAAUUCCGGUAUCCUCACCGACAGGAAGUCAUUAUUCUACCACUUCCCAAUCUCGUGCAAGAAAUCCAUUUUCUCCGCCUCCAAUGCCACCGCCACUACCAACACAAAAACGUGUGUUUGCUAGACUUACACCUAGGACAAGGAUUAUCACCGAACUUUACACCACCUUGACAACUCCUGGCUCUACCGAUGUAGAUGUGGUUGCUCGAAUGGUAGAGCUGAAGAUGAACACCACGAGCCUAGAAAGGUUGCCAGAAGGGAUUGCAGUCCCUCUCCGGGAGGCUGUUGCCCGGUGCCAAGAAGAACCUCCGACUACUUGGGGUGCACAGGCAUUAGACCUGGUAGGAAGAAAAGACCUGAAAAUGCUAAUUGACCCUGGGAAGGGAAGGAAAGAGGGCGGCGCCAAGUGGCAGAGUACUCCAACACAUGAGGCUACAAGGGAUGUUCACGCAAUUUGCAACUCAACCUUUGAAAUUGAAGCGAUUGGGUCAUACGACCAUCUUGCCGAACAUGAUAGACAGGCGGUAUCGCGAUUAAUAUUUAAAGAGGACCGGCGUACUGCCGAAGCGGCGAAACUACUUUCCUCAGUCAAGCCCGCAGUCGCUAAAUGUAUUCCCGAGCAGCAUUGGACUGAACAGGACACACUGAACGCUCAAAAAGAAAUAGCCCAAAAUGUCGCGGUGAGAACAUUGUCGGUAUCACCCGGGAGAGGAUUGUUUAAUUUCUCCUCCAGGAUUCCUUUGUUGACAGAAAAGUUUCCUAUUUCUGCCUUCAAUCUUUCCACGGUAAUGAAACCAAGUAAUACAACUGUCUCAGCAGAUAAGGUCACUUAUAGCGAGGAAAAAGUUUGCUGGGCCUUCUUCCACGCCGGCGUCUCAGCAGGCGUGAGCAUCUCAAGAGAAGCCAAAGAGAUUGAUACCAGCUGGAUUGUGUUUAAUAAGCCCGCGGAAUUGACGAAUCGCCACGCAGGGUUUUUAUUAGGCCUGGGAAUGAACGGACACCUAAAAAGCAUUGCUAAGUGGCAUGCUUUCAAUUAUCUUACCCCCAAACACACAAUGGUAUCUAUUGGACUCUUGCUGGGUUUGAGCGCGAGUUAUUUGGGAACCAUGGAUACAACAAUCACGAAACUGCUCUCUGUACAUGUCACUAGGCUUCUACCGCCUGGCAGUGCAGAAUUGAAUCUGAGUCCUCUUACACAAACUGCGGGAAUUAUGGGUAUCGGAUUAUUGUACGCAAAUACACAACACAGAAGAAUGAGUGAGGUCAUGCUCAGCGAGAUCGAGUAUGUCGAAAUAGUGGAUAGCUGUGUUCCUAGUGAUACAUUGCGUGAUGAAGGAUACAGACUUGCGGCCGGGUUUGCGCUCGGAUUCAUCAAUCUGGGCUCUGGGAAAGAUCUUCGUGGUCUACAUGAUAUGCACCUUGUUGAGCGACUGCUCUCAUUGGCUGUUGGGAGCAAGAAAGUCACAGCCGUUCACAUACUCGACAAGGCGACUGCAGGAGCCACUAUCGCCCUGGCACUGAUUUAUAUGAAAACCAACGAUGAGGGGCUAGCCAGGAAGGUAGAUGUACCGGAUACUAUUCAUUUAUUCGAUUACGUCCGUCCGGAUAUAUUCCUACUUCGGACUAUCGCGAAGAACCUCAUCAUGUGGGACAACAUACAAGGAAGUUUUUCAUGGAUCAAAAGAAGUUUAGUCCCAUUCUUGAGGGGGAGAUACAAGUUGAGCAUAACAGAUGUUUUCGACCUGGACAGUGAGGAUUUGCCAUUUUUCAAUAUCAUAGCGGGCCUGUGCUUUUGUAUUGGAUUGAAGUUUGCAGGGAGUGGAGAUGAAGAGGUCAGAGAUGUUUUGGUCCACUACUUGGAUCAAUUCAUCAGGCUUUGCAAUAUGCCUGCACGCAACCACGAUCAAAAACUCACAAGGGCAACGUCGAGAAAUUGCCAAGACCUUAUAGCGCUAGCUGCAUCAACUGUAAUGGCCGGGACAGGAGAUGUGGUGGUGUUUAGGCGAUUGAGGAAACUCCACGGAAGAAUCGAGCCAGAUGUCACUUAUGGAAGCCAUCUUGCUGCACAUCUAGCAAUUGGAGUUCUUUUCAUGGGAAAUGGCAGUUUUACCUUUGGAACCGGAAACUUGGCAGUCGCAUCUUUACUGUGCGCAUUCUAUCCACUAUUCCCAAACACUGCAAUGGACAACAAGUCACAUCUUCAGGCAUUCCGGCACAUGUGGGUACUCGCUGCAGAAGCAAGAUGCCUGGUUGCCAGAGAUGUUGAUACCCAUCGGCCGUGUGCAAUCCCUAUCACCAUCACGUUAAGAAACGGAGAAGAGCUUCAUAAGUCUGCGCCUUGCCUAUUGCCCGAGCUUGACCGCGUUGCUUCCGUUACCACUGCUUCCCCACACCAUUGGACUGUUGUUCUGGAUUUCGCAAACAACCCGCAGCAUUUAACGAGCUUCCAGAAUGCUCAAACAAUCUAUGUGCACCGUCGUACAGCCCAUGCAUCUACAUCGACGGUCUUCCAAGCGACAUUACAAGCCUUAGAUGAGACAGAGACCAACAACUCAUCACUUGAGUGGCUUCUUGGUCUUCGGGCCUUUAGCUCACUAGACAAGUCCGAAAGGGCCCUACUGUUACCACCCCCAAUAGCAUCAGCCGAAGGCGCUGGCACAGCAGCCGCGGCAGGCGGGAUCCAGAUGGCCACUUUCGAGAGUAACAUCGUCGAUACUAAACUUGUGCUGGAAAAUGACUCAGUCAGUGGCGUUAAUAGAGAUAGAUUGAAGGGUGUGAGGUUGUUGUUUGCGUUCUGCGAGCGUAUGGGCGAGGAACGUGGCUUGUGGUUGACGGCGGAAAGUGUAGACCGAUUGAGAGCAGGUGUCUGGACCGCAUUUUCGGGAGGAGAUGGGAGGGGCAAGACCUAA